AGCUAGUCCAUUUUAGCAAGACAUUUUCAAAUAACAACAACAACAUUGUUGUUAUUGACAUAAAAUAUACUAACAUAUUUCUGUAUCGAAACUAUUACGGGAUCUUCAUUAUACAGCUUUAUUGAAAAUAAUUGCGUUUAAAUCAGGAACUAUUUCAAUUAGCAUUUGCUUCCACACGAAGCAAAAUAUGCGCCGGCACGUCGAGUUUUAUUCGGAAAGCCUUCAACUACUGUCAUUAGUCGUUGCUCCACGUAUCGAAUCUGCAUUUUAAAGCGCCCUGACCUGAUUCAAAGCUACAGGCUGGAUGAUGCCGUACUGGGGCGAAAUCCCGGUCCCGGCGGCGCCGCCCAGCCGCAGCUCCUUCGACCUGCUCCAGCGGGAGUUCCGCUCGGUGGAGAUGCAGGAUCCGCCCCUGCAUCAGCCUUCUGCUCAGCGCCCGCGGCCGACCACUAUGCUGGACAUCCCGUCCGAGCCCUGCAGUCUAACCAUACACACCGUACAGCUAUGCCAGCACGCCCGCCGCCUCCGCGCUCUUCUGGCCGCUGCCCAGGGCCAGCCAGUGGCAGAGGGCGCUGCGAAACUCGAAGAAGGGGAAGCACUCCCCCCACGGCCUUUAACGCCGGCUGUCCCUGAUGACCUGCUGCCCCUGGACAGCAAGGCGCCCCGGCAGCCCUUCCAAUUACGACACAGUGACCCGGAAAGUGACUUUUACAAGGGCAAGGGGGAGCCAGUGACGGAGCUGAGCUGGCCAUCCUGCCGGCAGCUCCUGUACCAGUCUGUGGCCACGGUGCUGGCCCACGCCGGCUUCGAGUUGGCCCAGGAGAGCGUGCUGGAGACGCUGACGGACCUCGUGCACGAGCACUACUUGCGGCUCAGCCGGCUGCUCCGUGUGGCCGUGGACCGCGAGGCGUGCCUGGGGACCACGCCGUUCCCCGACGUGGUGGAGCAGGUCUUCCACGAGGUGGGCAUCGGCAGCGUGCUGGCCCUGCAGAAGUUCUGGCAGGUCCGCAUCAAGGAUUACCAUAGCAACAUGCUCCAGGUGUGUCGGGAGCUGUCGGAGGAGUAUGAUCGCCUGGUGAACCCGGACAGGGCGACCGAAGACGCCAAGCCCCUGAAGGUGAAGGAUGAACCCCUUAGCGAUAAUAUAGCGUUCCCUGUUAGCGAAGAGCCCGAGGCCGACCUGGCCUCUGGGGACCAAGCCCUGCCCACCCCCAGCGAGCGUGUGACAGGGGGCCUGGAAGGGGACAAUUCACCGCACUCCUCAGGAGUGACGGGCACAGCAGUGGCAGCCGCGGCAGGAGUAGUAGGAACAGCGGCUGCAGCAGCGGCAGGGAACAGCUCCCCCUUGUGGCACCUGCCGCAGGUGAAAAUGGAGCCCCAGGAUGCUGAGGAAGGCCAGGUGUCAGGCCACGGGGUCCUGGGAGGCGACGUGUUCGAAGAAGAGCCUAUGUCCACCAUGAGCGAGACGGGAAUCCCGCCCUCCCCAGGAGGCGUGGCCUCUGACGGCAGCUACCCCUCCCAUUCGCCCGACUCACUCAUGGGCUCCUCCCCCGUCUUCAACCAGCGGCCGCGCAAGCGAGCAAAGAAGAUGUGAGGGCACAGUGCCACCACCCUGUCCGCACGGUGCAGGCCUGUCACCCCUUUCUUUGGACAGCUACUCAUUUUCUGCCGCAGUUCCCCAUGAUCCAUGUGCUGCGUCGCAGACGUGUUUCCCUGUGGCUUUUUGGACUUUUUAUGCGUGCUUUUAAAAUGUGUAUAUUUCCUAAGUAAACCUGCUCCCUCUCUCUCUGUCUCUUCUUCGCCAGACAGAUUAUGUUUGAUACGACAGUAAAGCAGAUCUAACUUUUUGGUGGCCAUGUGUCUGCUGGUUUCACAUUUUACGAUCAUGUUUGUUUAAACGUCUCCUGCCCAGAGUGAUGUAUGAAUGAGGUAGACUGUGGCAUCAGUGGCUGCAGAAAUCUUGACGUUAUUAAAUGGGGAAUUAGGGUUAUUGUUUCGGGAAACUGGCUGCGUUGAAACAAUUUGAUGCAGUCACAGUUUAUCAUUGUUUGUAAUGGCAGUUAAAUGACAUGUAUGUUUAUUAUCCGAAGUCUGUAACAUCCCAGAGAACUGCCCUCCCAUCUUCAGUCUCCCAACUUUAAAUGGAUGCUGAAGUUUCCAAUGCUAAUGAGUGGAGCCUGCAGGCUGAGUUUUGCCUCUUGUUUAGCUUGAUGAAUCAUAGGUGAUAACCCACAGCCCCCACCGCCAUUUGUGAGACCGUUGGACCGGGGUGGGAUUUGCACAGAAUAAAAAUGAGCUCAGAAGAUGGUAAGGUCCGAAGGUCUUCGUUAACCAUUCGGUGCCAGUGCUUCCUGCGUGGCACGUGAGCUUCACGCCAUAGGAGUCUUCAUGGGACACCCCUGACCGUCUGCUAAUGCCACCCUCAUUGUGCCCAGCAAUUAUUCGGCAUGAACGGACGCAAUGAAAUUAGCAUCUGUUUACCUUAAUGGAACGGCGCGGAAAAUAUGACACAUGGAGUAAUUACACUCAGAUGUCUGUGAAGAAAGCGAAAGGACAUCGGUCUAGGAUAAUGGCAAAUUAAUUACAGCUUGCAUAAAUCUGCAUAUUAAUUGAGAGAGCUCUGUGAUUACCUGUUGUAGCCUUUUUUUAUACACUCUUUUGUUUGAGGUAAAAUAUUAGCUCAAGAAAACAGUUCAGAAAGAGCCUUGGUGCAGGAGUGAAAAAUGGGAUUUUUGUUCCUGAAUCUGCCUCUCAGAGCUGCUUGAAGCUUGUUGCUGUGGUGUUCUGUCACCUGGGUACAGAUACCGCAUCUUGCAGUGUGACCAGUCAGGUUGUUUGUGCCCGACUUGAUUGAUAAACUUUGCCGGUAUGAAGCACGAUCAAUUUCAAACUGCUGUGCAGGCAGGGAUGUACCAUACUCAGUGUGACAAUGCAGGGGCUUUACCUGCAAGGCACUACUGUGCUCAAGCCGUGAGCACAUUUAUGUUUGUAAAUGGGUAUGGAUGGAUGUGUAUGGAUUCAUCAUGUAAUGAAAGAUGAAGCAACUUAAUAAAUUCUACAUUGCAGGGAA